AUGGAAAUGGUUGAAAAUUUGGAAACUAACGCAAUUUCUGAUUUAAUUUUGAAACUAUGUAACAGUUUGUCCAGGAAUAAUGCGGAACGAUCUUCAAAAUUAUGUAAAGUGGCGUUUCAUAUGCUGUCUUCAUCAACCUUAGCCUCUUCUAAUCCGUGCCAAGAGAGUUGUGUUGUUGGUGAUAUCAGACAGAAAUUAUCCUCUUUACCUAAGGAGAAACUCGAGAAAUUCGAUAUUCUCUACGCUAAACUUUGUGAAUCUACGAUUCUACAUAAUCGAAGCGCUUCCUUAUGUUUUCUUCAUCACUUGUCUUCCCACUACAAAAAAUCAAAAGUCGAAUUUUCAACCUUCCAAAUUUCAAAAGAACUAGAAAAAAUCGACUCUCACGCAAAUUUGAAUCCCACCAGUUCACAAGAAAGCGUCAAAAACUUGUAUGAAGCCAGAGAAAUAAAGAAGAGUAGUAGUCACGGAACAUCUGUAAGCCGAGUACAUUCAGGCUUCUCCACGAACAUAACAUCCAACUGGUCUCGAUCCGAUAUCCCCUCUUCCUCCAAAGCAUCAAAUUUAUCUACAGUAACCGAGCACGAUCUCCUCUUAGAUGUAAUAUAUUCAUUCCAAGGUAUUGAAGGGAAGUUCCUUCGCAAAGAACCCGGCGGUUUAGGCUUUACGAUCGAUUCCAAAACCGGUAAACACCUCACACCCUUCCAAAAAGGCAUUCUGCAAAGGAUAACCAGCAUAAGUUACCUGCACAAUCAGUUGAAGAGAUAUUGCGAGGAGAACGAGAAGCAAAGAGGAAUGAUUUGUCAAGCACUGAUAGCUACUUUAAGCGAUGAAUUAUCCGAUUAUUACAAGACUGUCGCUUUGCUACAGGCUAAUAUGGUUAGGCAGAGAAAUGAUAAUUCGGAUAUGACUUUGAAGAGGGCUUUGUAUCUAAUAUCUGAUCAUUACACUCGAUUCGAGUGGCUGGCUUACCUCUCCGAGCAAUGUAGCGAGAAAAAAGGCGGUGCUUUGAUCACAGUCAUCCAUGGAUUCCUCCAACACGGUUCGAUUUGUGCCAGAGAGGUUUCCGAAACUGUUCUUAAAUCUGUAUGCAAACCGUUGUACGUUAUGCUAUCGAGAUGGUUACUGGACGGGGAAAUAAACGAUCCGUGCGAUGAGUUUUUCAUCGAAGCGAAAUCUAUAAUUACUGCCGAGCGAUUGUGGCACGAUAAAUACAGCGUUAGGAAAUCCAUGGUUCCGUCCUUCAUUACCAUGAAUCAGGCUAAUAAGAUUCUCGCUACGGGGAAGAGUAUAAAUUUCCUGAGGCAAAUUUGCAAACACGCAGGCGAGCUGCCUGGUAGGGUGUCUCUCCAGAAACUGUUCAAGACCAGUACAGCCGAGGCUCUCUUUGCUCCCGAACAAAGCAUAGAAUUCCACACGACGCUCGAGAGCGUUUACAAAGAAACGUCCGUGCGAGUUUUGGAUUUGUUAAAGAACAAAUACAAAUUAUACGAACAUUUGCAGUCGCUUAGGCGGUAUCUACUGUUGGGUCAAGGUGAUUUCAUUAGGCAUUUACUGGAACUUUUGGCUCCGGAGUUGAACAAACCCGCCGAAAAUAUCUACGGGCACACUCUAUCGGCCAUUUUGGAAUCCGCCAUAAGGGUAACGAACGCUCAAUACGAAGACGAAGACACUCUGAAGCGACUCAACGUUAGUUUUAUGAGCCACUCCACAGGAGAUUCCGGCUGGGACGUGUUCAGUUUGAUUUACAUCGUCGAUGGGCCCAUCGGGACGAUCUUCCAGCACACCAUGCCGACCUAUCAGAGCCUCUUCGGCGCUCUGUGGAAAGCCAAACGCACCGAAUACGCUCUGGCCAACAUGCGAAGGCAGCAAAUUUGCAUGGCGAAAUUAUUCAAAGGAAUCAAAGAAUUGAAACCAGUAAUGCAUCUGAUCCACAUUUUGACCAGCAAAAUGAUCCAUUUCAUCCGCCAAACGCAGUAUUAUUUCCUUUUCGAAGUGCUGGAAUGCUCUUGGGCCGAAAUGCAGCACAAAGUCAACAAAGCCGAAAGUUUAGACGACAUUAUAACGGCUCACGCGGGUUUCCUGGCUUCGAUACAAAGAGGAGUGCUGCUAGAUGAAAGUUCAAGGCAACUAUUCUCCCAUCUGAUAUCGAUCUACAACUUCGUGAUGAACCUGGAAGCGUCGCAGGAGACGCUCUACCAGGUGUGCGCCAAGGAGAACGAGGCCUACCUGGUCUACCAGAAGAUGAUCGCCUCGCAGGAGGACUUCGGUACGAAUUUGAUCGAAGAGAAGGCGAACGCGUCGCGACGCGCCAAGUUCCUGCAAUUCCUCAACACCACCAAAGUGAAGGUGAAAACGUCGACGGAAACCUACGACAGGAUCGUGCUGAACUUCCUCGAUCUGCUGUCGAGGAGCUCGAACGUGAACCUGCGAUUGUUGAGCGUGCGAUUGAGCUUCAACAAUUUCUACAACAUCGCAUGA